AUGAUUGUAUGUCUAUCGUUGAUCAUCCUACUGGGUAAUAUUGCUGGCGGAUCAACCGACGGAUGUUUGCCUAAUUAUGUUGAGGAUAAUCAUAAGUGCGUGCCGCUGAUUGAAGGCAACUGCAAAACAGACGAUGAUUGUCCGAUAGCCAACACCUACUGCAAUGAAGUCUGCACGUGCAAUGAGGGACUGAAACCGGCAAAAGACAAGACCUUCUGUGAAAACAAAAAUAAGAGAAUUGGUGACAGCUGCAAAGGCGAUGAGUGCGAUGCAAUCGAAAAUGCCAUUUGUCAGCAAGUUAACGUCACCAAGAUGAGCUUCUCUCCAAAGCAAGAAGGGUACACAGAGAACAAGUGCCAAUGCAAGCCCAACCAUUACCGGUGGAACGAGGGAUGUGCCAAGUUCGCAAAUAAUUUGACGGACACAUGCGAAGACAGUAUUGGAUGUCGCAAGAUUACUGGAAGCAAGUGCAAUAUGACGUCCAAGACUUGCAAGUGCAAGGAGAAGAGCUACUACCCAGCAGAAGGCAAAUGCUACAAAAAAGCGAAAGGUUUGGGAGGAGAUUGUAAGAAUGACGCAGGCUGCACGAAAAUUGACAACGCAGGAUGUCUAAGUGAAAUAUGUAAGUGCAAGAAAAACUUCUACAAUUGGGAAGGACUGUGCUACAAGUAUGCAGAGGAUAUUGGAGAUGACUGCAAGGUUGAUGAAAACUGCGAAAAGAUGAAUAAUACAAAAUGUAUUGAAAAAUUAUGCAAUUGUCCUACUAAAUGGUAUUCAUUCGGAAAAGAGUGCUUCGAAGAAGUUACAACAAUUGGAGGAGAAUGCAAAAGCUGGAAAGGUUGUCGAGAAAUAGAUAACUCCAAUUGUACCAACGGUUUUUGCAAAUGCCAAAUUAACUAUUACGAUCACGAAAACCAAUGUUUCGUAAAAGCAAAGAGUCUUGGAGAUAACUGCAAGAACAAUAAAGGGUGCCCUGACCUAGUAACGAUGGAAUGUCGUCUUGAUAAAUGCGAAUGCAAAAGAACGCAUUAUAAGCACAAUAAAUCAUGCCUUUUAAAGGCAGAGUCGUUAGACGGUCAGUGCAUGAACGACGAAGGAUGUCUCAAUAUUGAUCACGCUGUUUGUAAUAUAGGAACGUCGACUUGCACAUGUGGAACUGACUACUACCCUCACCAGAAACAAUGUCACGUUAAAGCAAAGAGUCUUGGAGAUAACUGCAAGAACCAUAAUGGGUGCCCUGAUCUAGUAACGAUGGAAUGUCGUCUCGAUAAAUGCGAAUGCAGAAGAACGCAUUAUAAGCACAAUAAAUCAUGCCUUUUUAAGGCAGAGUCGUUAGACGGUCAGUGCAUGAACGACGAAGGAUGUCUCAAUAUUGAUCACGCUGUUUGUAAUAUAGGAACGUCGACUUGCACAUGUGGAACUGACUACUACCCUCACCAGAAACAAUGUCACGUUAAAGCAAAGAGUCUUGGAGAUAACUGCAAGAACCAUAAUGGGUGCCCUGAUCUAGUAACGAUGGAAUGUCGUCUCGAUAAAUGCGAAUGCAGAAGAACGCAUUAUAAGCACAAUAAAUCAUGCCUUUUUAAGGCAGAGUCGUUAGACGGUCAGUGCAUGAACGACGAAGGAUGUCUUAAUAUUGAUCACGCUGUUUGUAAUAUAGGAACGUCGACUUGCACAUGUGGAACUGACUACUACCCUCACCAGAAACAAUGUCACGUUAAAGCAAAGAGUCUUGGAGAUAACUGCAAGAACCAUAAUGGGUGCCCUGAUCUAGUAACGAUGGAAUGUCGUCUCGAUAAAUGCGAAUGCAGAAGAACGCAUUAUAAGCACAAUAAAUCAUGCCUUUUUAAGGCAGAGUCGUUAGACGGUCAGUGCAUGAACGACGAAGGAUGUCUUAAUAUUGAUCACGCUGUUUGUAAUAUAGGAACGUCGACUUGCACAUGUGGAACUGACUACUACCCUCACCAGAAACAAUGUCACGUUAAAGCAAAGAGUCUUGGAGAUAACUGCAAGAACCAUAAUGGGUGCCCUGAUCUAGUAACGAUGGAAUGUCGUCUCGAUAAAUGCGAAUGCAGAAGAACGCAUUAUAAGCACAAUAAAUCAUGCCUUUUUAAGGCAGAGUCGUUAGACGGUCAGUGCAUGAACGACGAAGGAUGUCUCAAUAUUGAUCACGCUGUUUGUAAUAUAGGAACGUCGACUUGCACAUGUGGAACUGACUACUACCCUCACCAGAAACAAUGUCACGUUAAAGCAAAGAGUCUUGGAGAUAACUGCAAGAACCAUAAUGGGUGCCCUGAUCUAGUAACGAUGGAAUGUCGUCUCGAUAAAUGCGAAUGCAGAAGAACGCAUUAUAAGCACAAUAAAUCAUGCCUUUUUAAGGCAGAGUCGUUAGACGGUCAGUGCAUGAACGACGAAGGAUGUCUUAAUAUUGAUCACGCUGUUUGUAAUAUAGGAACGUCGACUUGCACAUGUGGAACUGACUACUACCCUCACCAGAAACAAUGUCACGUUAAAGCAAAGAGUCUUGGAGAUAACUGCAAGAACCAUAAUGGGUGCCCUGAUCUAGUAACGAUGGAAUGUCGUCUCGAUAAAUGCGAAUGCAGAAGAACGCAUUAUAAGCACAAUAAAUCAUGCCUUUUUAAGGCAGAGUCGUUAGACGGUCAGUGCAUGAACGACGAAGGAUGUCUUAAUAUUGAUCACGCUGUUUGUAAUAUAGGAACGUCGACUUGCACAUGUGGAACUGACUACUACCCUCACCAGAAACAAUGUCACGUUAAAGCAAAGAGUCUUGGAGAUAACUGCAAGAACCAUAAUGGGUGCCCUGAUCUAGUAACGAUGGAAUGUCGUCUCGAUAAAUGCGAAUGCAGAAGAACGCAUUAUAAGCACAAUAAAUCAUGCCUUUUUAAGGCAGAGUCGUUAGACGGUCAGUGCAUGAACGACGAAGGAUGUCUCAAUAUUGAUCACGCUGUUUGUAAUAUAGGAACGUCGACUUGCACAUGUGGAACUGACUACUACCCUCACCAGAAACAAUGUCACGUUAAAGCAAAGAGUCUUGGAGAUAACUGCAAGAACCAUAAUGGGUGCCCUGAUCUAGUAACGAUGGAAUGUCGUCUCGAUAAAUGCGAAUGCAGAAGAACGCAUUAUAAGCACAAUAAAUCAUGCCUUUUUAAGGCAGAGUCGUUAGACGGUCAGUGCAUGAACGACGAAGGAUGUCUUAAUAUUGAUCACGCUGUUUGUAAUAUAGGAACGUCGACUUGCACAUGUGGAACUGACUACUACCCUCACCAGAAACAAUGUCACGUUAAAGCAAAGAGUCUUGGAGAUAACUGCAAGAACCAUAAUGGGUGCCCUGAUCUAGUAACGAUGGAAUGUCGUCUCGAUAAAUGCGAAUGCAGAAGAACGCAUUAUAAGCACAAUAAAUCAUGCCUUUUUAAGGCAGAGUCGUUAGACGGUCAGUGCAUGAACGACGAAGGAUGUCUUAAUAUUGAUCACGCUGUUUGUAAUAUAGGAACGUCGACUUGCACAUGUGGAACUGACUACUACCCUCACCAGAAACAAUGUCACGUUAAAGCAAAGAGUCUUGGAGAUAACUGCAAGAACCAUAAUGGGUGCCCUGAUCUAGUAACGAUGGAAUGUCGUCUCGAUAAAUGCGAUUGCAAAAAAACGCAUUACAAGCACAAUAAAUCAUGUCUCCCGAAGGCAGAGUCGUUAGACGGUCAGUGCAUGAACGACGAAGGAUGUCUCAAUAUUGAUCACGCUGUUUGUAAUAUAGGAACGUCGCCUUGCAAAUGUGGAACUGACUACUACCCUCACCAGAAACAAUGUCACGUUAAAGCAAAGAGUCUUGGAGAUAACUGCAAGAACCAUAAUGGGUGCCCUGAUCUAGUAACGAUGAAAUGUCGUCUCAAUAAAUGCAAAUGCAAAAGAACGCAUUAUAAGCACAAUAAAUUAUGCCUUUUAAAGGCACAGUCGUUAGACGGUCAGUGCAUGAACAACGACGGAUGUCUUAAAAUUAAUUACGCUGUUUGUAAUAUAGCAACGUCGACUUGCAAAUGUGGAACUGACUACUACCCUCACCAGAAACAAUGUUUCGUUAAGGCAAAAAGUCUUGGAGAUAACUGCAAGAACAAUAAUGGGUGCCCUGAUCUAGUAACGAUGGAAUGUCGUCUUGAUAAAUGCGAAUGCAAAAGAACGCAUUAUAAGCACAAUAAAUCAUGUCUCCCGAAGGCACAGUCGUUAGACGGUCAGUGCAUGAACGACGACGGAUGUCGUAACAUUAAUUACGCAACUUGUAAUAAGACUAAUUUUGUUUGCGAAUGCAAGACUGGCUUCUACAAUUACAAGGUCAAAUGCUAUCCUUUAACUUUUCGUCUCCAUGGAUCUUGCCAGCAUCACGAAGCCUGCGCGUCAGUUCCUCACUCAUAUUGUCUCAGAGGUACUUGCAUGUGUCUUUCAGGUUAUCAUGAGAGCGACCCUGGUUCUUGCGUCGGUAUGGUCGGUGCUUCCUGCCGUUACAGCUCCGAUUGCUAUGGCUCUGCCUCUGUCUGUUCUUUUGGUUUUUGUAAAUGCCCUUACAAUGAUGGAUUUCUCUCAAACUUCCAAUGCUUAUUAUACGUCAGAGACUUAUCUACGCGAUGCCAUAGUGACGCAUCCUGUCGUUUAAUUCCUUAUUCAACUUGCGGCCCCCACUCUUGCGAGUGUCAGUCCGGUUACAAGCCUUAUUACAAUGUCUGCCAGGGUCCUAUUGGCGCCCGAUGUGUCUCGAAAUCAAACUGCUACGUGACCAACUCUAUUUGCUCUGAGGAUAUCUGUCGUUGUCCUGAAGGCCUCACAAUUCUUAACAACGAGUGUAUCCUUGGCUCAAAUCUUGGCGAAUCUUGCAACUUUUCUGAGCAGUGCACAACUAGGUUCUCUUACUGUGAUGGCGGGAGCUGCAAGUGUCGUUCAAAGUACUAUCCUAUUAACGGCGCUUGCGUAGGCUUCAACAAUGCCAUCUGCUCCGGUGAUUCAGACUGCUACAAAGGAAUAGGAACUGAUUUAAAUCCUGUAAGGCAGUGUCUAAAUAACGAGUGCCGUUGCCUACCCAACUACCGGCCUGAAUCGCACUACUGCCUUUCGCUCAUCGACUAUCCCUGUGAUAAGGAUGAUAAUUGCUACGUCGAGGGCUCGGAAUGCCGGGGCACCUGUCAAUGCCCACCAGGACACUACGAGAAGAACUUUAGAUGCCACCUUUUAGCUACUAGCCUUAGUGAUAGUUGUAUUUUUCACGAAGACUGCCAGAAUGUGAUAAUCUAUACCUGUGCGUACGACGCUGGUUGUCCUAAUUAUUUACUUCGCUCCCAAUGCGUCGAUAGCGAGUGCACUUGUCCUGACAGCUACUCCCUUUAUGUUGAUAGUCGAAAUUAUUGCGCUCGUCCAGCCCCUGGUCCCAGUUGCCAGCCCCAGCGUCGCGGUAGUGACUGCCCGCGACUUUUCAUUUGCCCAAAUGGUGAAUGCGUUUGCCCAACAGGCUACUGGAAAAGUAAAAGAUAUUGUGUCGCACACAAUGGUUAUCGUUGCUUAUAUCAUAUGGACUGUGGGUACACGAAUUCCGAGUGUGGACCUCGUAAAAUCUGCCAGUGCAAGAAGGAUCACUUUCUAAUCGACAAAUCCUGCUACCCUUACGCCAGAAGUCUUGGUGAAAAGUGUCACUUUCCGGAAUCUUGUGCGACAAUUCCGAACGCUGCUUGCAUCAAUAGCACCUGCCAAUGUCACUGGACUCAUUACGAGGUUGGUGGAUCUUGUUCGAAAAAAUUCAGCUGCAGUACUAGUGAGCAGUGCAGGCAUUAUGAAUUGAUUAAUUGCUACAAUCUUAUGGCUAGCGGUCCUGGUGAAUGCUGCUACAUGGAUGAUACGUGUCAAGAUAUCAAGGUCUGGUCCUACUACCAUCAUCUUCAAAAGCCGGUGUUGGAAAAUUCUAUGUACUAUCCUGUUAAGUGCGUGGAAAAUAUGUGCCGGUGUCCCUUUGGGACAAUCGCUGGCUAUUUUGAGUGCUUUAUUUAUCGGUUUGAUCAGAGAAAUUGA